CUCAGUCUCUCUCUCUCUCUCUCUCGGUCUCUGUAUCUCUCUCUCUGUAUCUCUCUCUCAGUCUCUCUCUCUCUCUCUCGGUCUCUGUAUCUCUCUCUCUGUAUCUCUCUCUCUGUCUGAUGUUUGUGGUCUCUAGUUUAAAUCUCUUCAGCCCUGCGGCAGCAACACGGGAACAGUGUGUCUUCAGGAUGUGCGGUAUGUCUGUGCUGUUGGAUGAUGGAGGCGAUGAAGACUUUGAUGUGGGUGAUGGGAUACGGAUGCUGCCGCCUCCUCCAGCACAGUGUGACGUGGUGUGGGGGCCCCGGCGGGGUCGCUGCGGAUGUGUUUUGUGGGCGCUGGUUCUGCUGCUGUGGGACAUGAUGUUGGCGCUGGUGUGUGUGGGCCUGAUGGUUCUGCUGUUCAGUCUCAUACUGCUGCCCGCCGCUCUGCUGCUAUACGCCGGCUUCCUGUGCCACUCGCGGGUUCUGGCGUCACCGGCUGCUCUCUGCCGUUACCUUGACGAUAACAGUUGCUCCGGCCUCAUCAUCCUGGGCUUUGUUAUGAUGUCACCGUUGGUUGUGGUCGCCGCGGCGACAUUCUGCGCUCUACUCAGGAGACUCCACCUCCUCUUAUAUUUUCAGCCAAUCACAGGAGCUUGGUACAGAGGGCGGGGCCUGGGCUGGAGGUGGGACGUCCGUGCUUGGGUUUGACGGACAGACACACCCACCAAUUUCAGGUCAGCAUUCAGGAUGACCUCCAGUUCUAUCCUCUCUAAUCCUAAAGGUCAAGGGGUGCGAGAGGUCAGGGGACAGCGGCGGCGUUACUAAAAUCACAUCUGUGCACCACCAACACAUUGCUCUGCUAAUAUUAAGACUUUAUUAUCUCAGAGAGAAUUCCUCUGUUGUCCUUGCGUGUGUUUUCACAAGAGUUUGUUGUAUUUCCACAUGUUAAAGGAAAGUUACUGAAAAUGAUUAUAAUUGUAAAUAUUGUGAAUUAUUAUGAAAAGACACCAGAUUCAAGUCAUUCUUAUUUGAGCAGCACAUUUCACACAAACAUCCUGUAAACGAUUGUGUAAUACAGCCGUAAUAUCUGUAAUGUCGUAAAGUCAUCAAACGUGAUGGUAGAUUAUACAUUAGAAAUAUCACUUUAAUAGAAAAGCCCCAGUGAACAAGCCAAAGGAGAUGACCAAGGAACAGCAAACUUCAACAGUUGCUGUAAUGUUUUAUUCUGGUUUCUGAGGAUUCUGUGAAUCUUUAGAUAUCUUCCAAUGUGUCUGUGAUUUAUUGUUUCUCAUGCAGAUCAAAGUAUUGCUGUAAAGUUAUUAUCAUCUGUUAAAGUUCAUGUAUGUUUAUAUGUUUAAUCUGAUACACACUUAUAUUGUAUUUUAUUCAGACAGUACGUCAAUAAACAAUA